GGCCAGUUCCCUCUACACCUGGCUGCGAGAGGCGGAUACAUAGGGAUCAUGGGGCUCCUCCUCAGUCGGGGGGCAAGGAUAGAUGCCAAAGACACUUGCGGACGGACUGCGCUCCAUUAUGCGGCUGACGCUGGUCAUCUUGACGCCGUGGGGAUGCUGUUGUCUGUAGGGGCCAAUCCGUUUCUGGUGGAUAGCGAGGGGUGCAAUAGUUUGCAUAUAGCUGCCAGCAAGGGGAGGGAAGAUAUUGUUCGAGUGUUGAUGGAG